AGGAAGUUCGAAACCAUCUGAGCCGUACACGUCAGCAACGGGGCCGAAAUCAACCGUCCUCGUUGUUUCACGGCUUUCGUGUACGCGGGAACCCGCUCGGCCCCUUUUAACUCGCGGGCCUUCUUCGUCCCCUCCGGUAGCACUCUCGCCGUGAAAAAAGCGCCCCCUCCCGGCUGAUCCGCGACCCUCGGGGAGUCCACCACCGAGUCGCUUCCCUGAGUCUCCCUCGGAUCACACGCCCUCGCCCCCAGGUCCAGGAAGGAGCAGCGAAUUUAGGUGCCGAUUCCCUCCCGAGCUCGCGGGAGACUUGUCGUUGGGUGACGGCGGAAGGAACACCGCCCCCCUCUUUUUCUUCCUCUCCUGUAAUCGCUCUUCCGGGAAUUGUGAGUGGUUUCAGUAUCCGGAAUAUCGUUUUUGAGUUUUCUUGUUUUUCAUGGAAUGGUCUGGGUCCUUGUUGCGGGUGUGAUUGGUUCGGGAUUGAGGACUUCCCAGUAAUUGAAGUGGCAUUAGCGUAGUCGUUGUUUGUGAUCAGGAAUUUUGUGGUUCGGAACCAUAAGGGUCGGUAGCUUGGUGUGGUAGUGGUUUAAUUAGGUUUUUUGGAGUCUUGGAGAUGGUCAUUGUUAGGGUCACAUCGUCUGGAGAGGUUAGGUUGAAGGCGUUCUUCUUCUUGCUUUGUGUAAUGGGAACACCGCAGGGGCAACAAAUUACAGUCUUAUCUCGUGGAUUCCGUUUUGUUUUAUCAAUUAGCUGAGUCCGAGUGUAUAUAGUUCGAGUAAUCUGCGGGAGGGUAGGAAUUCCUUUUUUCUUUUUUUCCUUCCCCUUCUUGCUUCCCUUAAUCUUGUCAGAAGAGCUUGGGUUUCAUAACUUUAUAGAGCGCGAAGUUAUGCAGCUGAAUUCCUGUUGAGUCCAUAUUUAUUGCAUUAAAAGAUUGCAAGCUAUGGCGCAGAGCAACUGGGAAGCGGACAAAAUGCUCGAUGUGUAUAUUUAUGACUAUCUCUUAAAACGAAAUCUGCAUGCUUCCGCUAAAGCGUUCAUGGCAGAAGGGAAGGUCGCUGCUGAUCCCGUAGCAAUCGAUGCCCCUGGGGGUUUUUUAUUCGAAUGGUGGUCUGUCUUCUGGGACAUUUUUAUUGCGAGGACGAAUGAGAAGCAUUCAGAGGUUGCAGCUGCUUACAUAGAGGCCCAACAGAUGAAAGCCCGGGAACAUCAACAACAAAUGCAGAUGCAGCAAUUGCAGAUUAUGCAGCAAAGGCAUGCUCAAAUGCAGCGGAGAGAUGCUAGUCAUCCUCCACUCCCUGGCUCAAUAAAUGGUAUAGGUUCUGACAGAGUGCUGGGACAGUCUACAGCCAGUGUUUUGGCAGCCAAGAUGUAUGAAGAUCGCAUGAAACACCCAAAUUCCAUGGACACGGAGCCAUCUCAGCAGCUAUUUGAUGCAAAUAGGAUGGCCCUCUUGAAAUCAUCAACAAAUCAGGGCCAGUUGGUUCAAGGAACACCUGGCAAUGCAUCUGCUUCUCUGCAACACAUUCAAGCACAGACACAACAACCUGUGGAUAUCAAACCUGAUGUCAGUUUGGCUGCAACCCAAAGGCCCUUGUCAGUGGAUCCAUCCAUUUAUGCAUCUGGGAUUCUGCAUACGAAAAGCCCAGGACUGAAUCAGGGUGCUAGUGGUCUUCCACUAAAUGGUUGGCCAUUGACUGGGAUUGAUCAGCUUAAACCUAACCUUGGUCAACAAGCACAAAAGUCUUUCAUGCAAACUCAAAACCAGUUUCAACUUUUGACAGCACAGCAGCAACAUCAGCUUUUAGCACAGGCUCAAGUCCAAGGAAGCAUAGGAUCAGCAGGUUCACCAAAGCACAGCGACAUGGAUCCCCGAAGACUCAGAGCACUACCACGAGCGGGUUUGAAUGGGAAAGAUGGGCAAGCCACUGGAAAUGAUGGAUCUAUAGGCUCUCCUCUGCAGUCUGGUUCGCCAAAGGUUAGAGGUCCUUCACAGGAUCAAGCAGAACUUCUUUUGAAGAUGAAGAUGGCCCAGAUACAACAAUCUUCAGGACAUCAGCAACAGCCUGACCAGUUGCAGCAGCAGCAAAUACAGCAGAACAACAGGAAAAGAAAGCAGCCUUCAUCUUCUGGAGCUGCAAACAGCACUGGUACUGGAAAUACUGCUGGCCCUUCCCCAAAUUCUGCACCCUCAACUCCAUCAACCCAUACCCCUGGUGAUGGGUUGUCUAUGGCUGCAAAUAUGCAUGUGAAUAAUUUGUCUAAAAGUUUGAUGAUGUAUGGUGCAGAUGGACCAGGUGGACUUGCAUCAUCUACAAAUCAGCUGGAAGGCAUGGAACCCUUUGGAGAUGGCUGCUUGGAGGAUAAUGUAGAAUCAUUUUUAUCCCCACAUGAUGAUGGUGAUCCUAGCUUAUUUGGUGCACUAAAGAGGAGUCCUACUGAGCAUAACACAGACUCUUCAAAAGCUGCCUUGUUCCCAGGCUUUACUUUCCAGGAGGUUGGUUGUCUUCGUUCAAGUACAAGCAAAGUCAUCUGCUGCCAUUUUUCUUCUGAUGGAAAAUUGCUGGCUAGUGCUGGGCAUGAGAAGAAGGCUGUCCUGUGGAACAUGGACACGCUGAAAACAGAGUCUACUCCUGAAGAACACACACACUUGAUCACAGAUGUUCGAUUUAGACCUAGCUCAUCUCAACUGGCAACAUCUUCCUUUGACAGAACUGUGCGGAUGUGGGAUGCUGCUGAUCCAAGCUAUUGUCUACAUGCAUUUACUGGUCAUGGAACUGCUGUAAUGUCUCUAGAUUUUCAUCCCAAAAAAACGGACAUUCUGUGCUCGUGUGAUGGCAAUGGUGAAAUUCGCUUGUGGAGUAGUUUUUCAUGCACACGUAUUUUCAAGGGUGCAACGGCACAAGUGAGAUUUCAACCUAGAGUUGGGCAACUUUUAGCUGCAGCAGCAGACAAUUUAAUAUCUGUCUUUGAUUUUGAGUCCGAUAGGCGGACACAUGCACUGCAGGGUCAUGCUGAAAGAGUACAUUCUAUUUGUUGGGAUGCAAAUGGGGAUUAUCUUGCAUCUGUAAGUGAGGAUUCUGUAAGAGUCUGGUCCUUAGCCUCUGGUGGCCAGUGCAUCCAUGAACUCAGCUCUAAUGGGAACAAGUUCCAUUCAUGUAUUUUUCAUCCUGCGUAUCCAACACUCUUGGUAAUUGGAGGAUACCAGUCACUGGAGCUCUGGAACAUGGUGGAUAACAAAACCAUGUCGGUGGCAGCUCAUGAAGGUCUGAUAGCAGCAUUAGCUCAAUCACCCUCUACUGGUAUGGUGGCAUCUGCCAGCCAUGAUAAAUGUGUGAAAAUAUGGAAAUAAAUGUGUGCGAGACUCUGGUUUGGUUUGUCAUUCUUGCAUGGGGGAGUAUUUGAAAAUGCAUUCGCCCCCUUCCUGUUGGUUCUAAAUGCAAUAAAAUCCCUUUUCUUGGUUUUC